AGGCCGCGGCCAGGAGCAAGCAGCCGCGCUGGUGCUGGGGCGGAAGCGAGAAGAAAUGUGGAUCAAGAAAACGUGCCUGGGGGCUCUGCUCUGAUCCUAUCCCUUUGUUAGAAGUCUCUGGUGGUUUCCCACAGUCAGGCAGACCUUGACCUCAGCGGGACCCCUGUCUGUGGUAUCUGGCAGUCCCCACCGCGAUGCUGGGGCUGGAUGGGUUGCUGAGGCCUGCCUCUUCCUCCCCGGCCGGCGGCCGCUCCCGCGCAGACAUGGACGAGCACUUCCAGCCAGUGAGUGCGGUGCGCACCGACCGGGGCCGGGUGGCUCUGCCUGGCGUCGGGGCUGAGCCGGAGCAGUGCCCGACCCCACGAGUGCAGUGGGAGUGCCUGGAUGGGAUUGACUAUGAUGACUUCAGUUUCAGCUCCCACAUGAUGGAGCAGAAGGAGCCCCUGAUGGAGACAGUGGAAGGUCCCUACGUUGUCAUCAUCGAGCAGCCAAAGCAGCGGGGGUUCCGUUUUCGGUAUGGCUGCGAGGGCCCUUCCCAUGGGGGGCUGCCAGGAGCAUCCAGUGAGAAGGGGCGCAAGACCUAUCCCACCGUCAAGAUCUGCAACUACACGGGGAUGGCCCGGAUCGAGGUGGACCUGGUGACGCACAGUGACCCUCCCCGUGUGCAUGCCCACAGCCUGGUGGGCAAGCAGUGCAAUGAGGCUGGCAAUUGCAUCGCGAUCGUGGGACCCAAGGAUAUGACAGCUCAGUUCAGCAACCUGGGAGUGCUCCAUGUCACCAAGAAGAAUAUGAUGGAGAUCAUGAAGGAAAAGCUGAAGCAGCAGAAAAUGCGCAACAGGAGCCAUAUGCUGACGGAAGCAGAGCUGCGUGAGAUUGAGCUGGAGGCAAAGGAGCUGAAGAAGGUGAUGGACCUGAGCAUUGUGCGGUUGCGCUUCACUGCCUACCUCCGUGACAGCAGCGGGAACUUCACACUGGCUCUCCAGCCUGUUAUCUCAGACCCCAUCCAUGACAGCAAGUCCCCAGGAGCUUCCAACCUGAAGAUCUCACGGAUGGAUAAGACGGCAGGCUCCGUUCGGGGUGGAGAUGAGGUCUACUUGCUGUGUGAUAAAGUUCAGAAAGAUGACAUUGAGGUGCGUUUCUAUGAGGAUGAUGAGAACGGCUGGCAGGCUUUUGGAGACUUCUCCCCCACUGAUGUGCACAAGCAGUACGCCAUUGUCUUCCGCACACCCCCGUACCACAAGCCCAAGAUCGACCGUCCAGUCACCGUCUUCCUGCAGCUGAAGCGGAAGCGGGGAGGGGACGUGAGUGACUCCAAGCAGUUCACCUACUACCCCGUGGUGGAAGAUAAGGAAGAAGUGGAGAGGAAGCGCAAGAAAGUCCUACCUCAGUUUCCCCAGCACUUUGGUGGAGGCUCGCACAUGGGGGGUGCUGGUGGUGGGGCCGGGGGCUUUGGCUCUGGAGGAGGUGGGAACCUCAGCUUCCCCUACUCCCCGGGGCUGGCCUACAACAGCAUCUACUCGCCUGGCCCCCACCCCGUGGGAGGCUACCAGGGGGGUGUGCAGAUGAAGGGCCCCGAGGCAGAGGGGCCUGGGAGCAACGGGCAGGUGCCUGCAGAGAGCACGUACUGCAAGGAGCUGCAGAAGCACGCCCAGCUCUGCCAGCUAUGGAUGCUGGCACUGGCCCGUCGCAAUGCCCAUGCCCUGCUUGACUACUCAGUCACUGCUGACCCUCGUGUGCUGCUGGCGGUCCAGAGGCACCUGGCUGCAUCACAGGAUGAAAACGGAGACACACCUUUGCACCUUGCUGUUAUCCAUGAGCAGACAGCUGUGAUCAAGCAGCUGAUUGAGGUUGUUGUUAGCAUCCCAAGCCUGGAUAUCAUCAACAUCUCCAACAACCUGCAGCAGACACCACUGCAUCUGGCAGUCAUCACCAAGCAGCCCCAGGUGGUCCAGCUCCUGCUGCAAGCCCAUGCUGACCCCACCUUGCUGGACCGCUACGGCAAUUCCCUGCUGCACUUGGCACUCCAGACUGGUGAUGAGGAGGUGCUGAGGACACUGCUGGCUCACCUGGGCUCGGCUGCCCCUUACCUGCUCCGUCUGCCCAAUUUCCAUGGCCUCCUGCCUGUGCACUUGGCUGUGAAGGCAAAGAGUCUGGCCUGCCUGGACUUGCUGGUCAGGAAGGGAGCGGAUGUGAACGCAGUGGAGAGGCAGGGUGGGAGAACCCCUCUGCACCUGGCUGUGGAGAUGGAGAACCUCAACAUGGCCACCCACCUGGUGAAGAAGCUAGGAGCAGAUGUCAACAGACGGACGUUUGCUGGGAACACCCCCCUGCACCUGGCUGCUGGCCUGGGCUCCCCCACCCUCACCAAGCUGCUCCUCAAAGCUGGGGCAGACGUGCUGUGUGAGAACGACGAGCCCAUAAGCCCGUCCUCAUCAGAGGCCAGCAGUGACACGGACGCCGACUCCGAGGAGCGGGAGCAGGCCAUGGAGCUGGGGGAGCUGCCCCCAGCCGUGGAGCACAGCACCAACCCCGAGCCCCCUGUGCAGGGUCAUGGGCAGGCAGGGCACAGGCUGCGCCGCUGCCACGCACCCCUGGACCUCACUCGGAGCCAGAAGGUGCGGGAGAUCCUGCUGCAGGCCUCCCAGCAGAGCCCCAAGGCAGAGCUGCCCACUGCCCCCCAGCCAGGGAAGGUCCUGUCGCUGGACAAUGAAGUGCUGCAGGGGCUGGAGCAGCUGCUGAACCAGGACUGCAGUGGGUCAGAUUGGAUCGAGCUGGCCAAGCGCCUUGGGCUCUGCAGCCUGGUGGAGACCUACAAGGACACCCCCUCACCCAGCGUCAGCCUCCUGCGCAGUUACGAGCUGGCAGGGGGCAGCCUGGGGGGGCUACUGGAGGCGCUGGACUCCAUGGGGCUCCACAAGGCCGUGAGGAUGCUCCACAAAACUGAGGCACUGGAGAAGUUGCAAAGCACAGAGCUGAAGGAAGACAGUGCCUAUGGCAGUGAGUCGGUGGAGGAGGAGCAGGCACCCACACUGGCCCUGAAGCCAGGGGGCGAGCUGCCCCAUAGCCAGCAGCCACAGGUGCACUGAGGGGCUGGCAGCCACUGCACCCACCUGAGGGUCUGCAUCCAUCCCCCCACCAGCCCUGCCAACACAAGUGCCUUCUGGACUUGCCUGGACUCAGGGGACAGGACACAGCUGGCUCAGGAUGCAGCUGGCUUCUGCCCCUCUCUGCUCUUAUUUAAUGGUCCCUUCUGAAUAAAGGGACACUGUUUCCAUUAGCCUGUGCCCUCCCUCUCUCCAGCCCCGGCCCUGAGCUCAUGGGCACUAACCCCUUGGCAGCAGAGCGGCUGCCUCCUCACCAUCACUCCAUGCCGGGGCUGUCCCCAGACAUGGGAGAGAAACCACAGCGCACACAAGUGAAGAGCAAGUUUUACUGAAGUAACCGAGAGAAGAAGCUGUACAAAGGAUUUUCUCCCCCUUGAGCCGCCUGGGGCAAGGGUGGAUUUUUUUCCUUAUUUUUUUCCUUUAUUUUUUUAAUUUUUUUUUUUGCAAUAGAGUUAAAAGAGCAGAAUAAAAAGUUUGACACAUUCA